AUGAAGGCUUGGCUCGCGUUGGUUGCUCUGGUCGCGCUGCUCGUGCAGCUGACUGCCGCGCAGAAGGACGCGGCCAAGUCCGCCUACGACAGCAUCGCACAAGGUUGGGCGCACGCUACGGACAACCUCGGUGGCGCCAUUACCACUGCGGUCUCCGACGUGAACAAGGGUGCCUCGAAAGUCGUCCAAGGCGUCCAGAACCACGCUGAAUCUGCCUCGACGAAUGCCGCUCCUACCUCGGGUGCGCCGGUCACGGUCAAUGCCAAGGACCCCAACCAGUCCUACAGCAAGGCGAUGGGCACGCUGCAGACCUAUGGUGCUAGUGCCAACUCGCUUUCCCAAUACGCUUCUUCCAAGUACUCUGGAAAUGCCAACGCUGCGUCGAGCUACGUUAAUUCCGUCUCGAACUCGGCCAAGUCGUCCAACACCAUCAACGCUUUCAAUGCCGAAGGCUCGGCCACGGGCACGUCCAACCCUACUGCCCCCAACGCGGGUGUCCGCACGGUGCCGAUGAACAGUGCCAUGACGGGUCUUGCGAUGACUCUCUGUGUGCUUCUGGCCGGCACCUUUUUCCUGUAA